AUGUUCCGCCACGGCGCCCGCGCGUUCGCGACCAGCGCAAGCCGCCUGGCGGUUGCUGCUGCUGCUGAGCCCAGCGCACGCCUAGUCAACGUGGCCAGGGCCCAGGGCAUCUCACGCGGCUUGACGGAGGCCAUCGGCAACACCCCUCUCAUCCGGCUCAACCGCCUCUCCGAAGAGACGGGCUGCGAGAUCCUCGGCAAGGCCGAGUUCAUGAACCCCGGUGGCAGCGUCAAGGACCGCGCUGCCCUGUACAUCGUCAAGGACGCCGAGGAACGCGGCCUUCUGCGCCCUGGCGGCACCGUCGUCGAGGGCACCGCCGGCAACACUGGCAUUGGCCUUGCCCAUGUCUGCCGUAGCCGCGGCUACAAGCUGGUCAUCUACAUGCCCAACACCCAAUCGCAGGGUAAGAUCGACCUGCUGCGUUUGCUGGGCGCCGAGGUGUAUCCCGUCCCCGCAGUCCCCUUCGACAACCCGAACAAUUACAACCACCAGGCCAAGCGCCACGCUGAGUCUCUCCCGAACGCCGUCUGGACGAAUCAGUUCGACAACACGGCCAACCGCCGCGCGCACAUCGAGACGACCGGUCCCGAAAUCUGGGAGCAGACUAAUGGCAAGGUCGACGCCUUCACCUGUGCCACCGGCACCGCCGGCACUUUGGCCGGUAUCACCCGCUACCUGAAGGAGGUGUCUAACGGCCGCGUCAAGAGCUUCCUGGCUGACCCGCCCGGCAGCGUGCUGCACUCGUAUAUCCAGUCGGGCGGCAAGUUGAUCGAGCGCACGGGCAGCAGCAUCACCGAGGGUAUUGGCCAAGGCCGCAUCACCGACAACCUGGCCCCGGAUGUCGGGUUGCUGGACGGCUCGCUGCACAUCCCUGAUGAGAAGACCAUUGAGAUGGUAUACCGCUGCCUGGAUGAGGAGGGCCUGUACCUCGGUGCCAGCUCGGCGCUGAACGUGGUGGCGGCUAAGGAGGUUGCUGAGAAGCUGGGCAAGGGUCACACUGUUGUGACCAUCCUUGCUGAUGGCGCGUAUCGGUAUGCGGAUCGUCUGUUCUCAAGGAAGUGGUUGGAGUCGAAGAACCUGCUCUCGGCGAUCCCAGAGCAUUUGCAGAAAUAUGUCGUCUUGCCGUAA